AUGGAGUUUCAGGAGGAGGAGAUGAGGAGAUCAUCGGCGGAGCCGCUGGCAGCGGCGGCGGAGGACCAGAUGCCAGCGGAGAUCGACUGGGAGAUGCUGGACAAGUCCAGGUUUUUUCUCCUCGGGGCGGCCUUCUUCUCCGGCGUGUCGGCGGCGCUGCACCCCAUCGUUGUGCUCAAGACACGCCUCCAGAUAUCUCGCUCCGCCGUCUCCUGUCUCCGGGCGGCAUCCUCCAUCCUCCAGCAGGAAGGUCCCCUGGCCUUCUACCGCGGCCUCGCCACCUCACUCACCGGGACCAUCCCCGCCAGGGCGGUCUACAUGGCGGCGCUGGAGGUCACCAAGAGCGGCGUCGGCGGCGCCGCCGCUCGCCUCGGGGUCUCCGACUCCGCCGCCGCCACCGUCGCCAACGCCGCCGCGGGGCUCAGCGCCGCCACCGCCGCGCAGGUCGUCUGGACCCCCAUCGACGUCGUGAGCCAGCGGCUGAUGGCGCAGAGCGCAGGAGGAAUAGGAGCUUCUUAUCAUGGAGGGAUCGACGCUACCAGGAAGAUCCUCAUGGCGGAGGGGAUGAGAGGGCUCUACAGAGGAUUCGGGGUCUCCAUUUUGACCUAUGCGCCGUCGAACGCCGUCUGGUGGGCUUCCUACUCCUUGUCGCAGAGGAUCAUCUGGGGAGGAAUCGGUGGGGGCGGCGAGAGAUGGGUGACGGCGGUGCAGGCGGCGAGCGCGGCGGUGGCGGGGGGAGCGGCGGCCGUGGCCACCAUGCCGCUGGACACCAUCAAGACGAGGAUGCAGGUGCUCGGCUCGGCGGCGGAGGGCGGCGGUGGGAAGGUUGCGCCGGUGACGGUGGCCAGGACGGUGGAAGCGCUGCUCCGGGAAGGCGGGUGGGCUGCGUGCUACAGAGGGCUCGGCCCCCGGUGGGCGUCCAUGUCCAUGUCCGCCAUCACCAUGAUCACCACCUACGAGCUCGUUAAGCGCCUCUCCGCCAAGUCUCCUAGUACCCACUGA